UACAUUUUUAAUUUAUAUCUAUUGCACAGUAUAAAAAUAACUGGCUGAGAAGUAAUGUUAAGAGAGAUAAUGAGAUCAUGAAGUUAACCUAAAAGUGUUCUAUACCAUCGCACUUGUUUCUAUAUUUGAUGAAUUUUCAUAUAAGUCAUUGCAAGAGAAGAAAUUGUCUCGAAGAAGAAUAAAUUAUGACAGACCAGGAAAUAAAUGACGUAAUUGGACAUGACAGUCCGAUGGAUCAGAAAUGCCGUAUAUAUGCGAGCAUUUCGUUCGCUGUACUACUUCUGGGGGUAGGAUUACCUCUUUGGUGGGAAACAACGGCGGUGCCGAGAGUCGCGAUACCCUAUGUCGGCAUCCGUGCGCUCGAUGACCUGGAGCUGCAUAUUCAUGUACGAUUCCUCCUCGGAUGCCUCGAUACGAAGAAUAGCCAACAGCUCGCCGAUGAGCUCAUGCAACGCUUAAUGGACGCCAGAUUUGCAGACAUUUACAGGAUAAGCUUGUCACACUUUGGAACGACGAACACGUCGAUUGCCAGAGCCAAGACACUGGACGACCUCAACAAGGCCGCCGCAGGUUUCCAACUAAAUCACGGUGACAUCCUCGUCCUCGAGGCCCCUGCUGGGCUUGGCGAAAAUCUCAUACACGUCACCUCCGGUCGCUCCAUCUACUUCGCCCAGAAUACCGACAGUGCGAAGAUCGCUCAAGUGCUGUGUCAAUGGAUUUAUCGUGAUGCAGCACUUACACUGACUAAGAAUGCACUCACAGAGCCGACAGAGUACAGCCUCGACGUCGUUAACAGGCGACGCUUUCCCGUUAGUUCCAAUUAUGACGUAUUGUUAACGGUCGUCAAUCCGGAGCCGGAGCUCCUCCAAGUGGACAGGAACUUCUCCCACAUCGCCCAAGACUACAUCGAUCCGUUUCUGGAGGAGCUAUCGAUAAUCGCUGAUUUCUCAAUCAAAUCCCAAUGGCUCUAUUUCCUACCAUUAGGUGUGAAACCGAAGGAAGUGCCAGCUAAUAAUAAAUUCGGACGGUACUUUGCCUUAUCCGAGGAUAUUUUACCACAAGUUAUUACUCCAUUGGAAAAGAAACUCGCAUCUCAAGUUAGCCUGUAUCCGACAAUAAAUCUAGUCGCCUAUAUGGUUCCUUGUAAAAGUGCGCCCCUGCACAUUUUCUCCCGGAAUGGUCGCCGGGUAAAUGAGAAACUCGACCUCGAGCCUUUUCAUUCCCCAAGAUGGGGUGGCAUAGUAUUAAUCAAUCCAUCUGCAGAAUUUUGCAAACAAGCCAAAGCAAAUAAAAUUUUUAAGCCACCGGUUAAUAUUACGACUAAAGUAUUUUUAACGCAUUUAAGACUGUUAUUGGGUAUUCCAGAUAAGGAGGAGAUAUCUCGGACGUCGAUGGCCGAAUUGUCGGGGCUGAAACCGCGCGACUGGGAAGUGGACGACCUUCUUCGAAUGCGUUCGGUAGAGCAGCUGACUUCGGCCAAGCUCACUUUACAAUCGUUAGCCCGUCUUCUGCGCGAGAUCAGCAACAUCGUCAUUACGGAGACGGUAGGUGGCAGAAUAAUGCGAGCCCUGGAGCUGAUUGAGCUGUCGGCAAAGCUGCUCAACGAGGGCGACCUCAAAGGUGGCUUUCUUGCAAGUAAGGAGGCCUUCGUUAUGUCCGAGGCCGCCUUCACCGAUCCUUCGCUUCUAGCACUUCUGUACUUCCCCGACGAUCAGAAAUAUGCUGUAUACAUUCCGCUAUUCUUACCAAUAAUGAUACCAGUUCUGUUUUCAUUGAAGAAUAUAAAAAAUUAUUUAUUUUGUUCGGAUCAAGUUUAA